AUGAGGGUUGACGUCGAUUGCAACAUACACCAGGUUCACUUGCCACUGCCUGUAAUUUAUCCCACGGUUACGGAGGUUGAAGAGAAUCCGGGAGUAACUUAUGCCGAUAUUGGAGGCUGUCAAGAUGAGAUUGAAGAGCUGCGCGAAGAUGUCGAGACACCACUUCUUCGUAUGCGUUUCGCUUGUCACGAUGCAGUUAGGUAUAGAUGAAG